UGCAGCGUGCGACCCGAGGCCAGGUGGGACCGCUCCGGCCUCCUCAGGAUGACGACGCGCUGGGCGAGCCGUCGCCGCGCGGCGGGGCUCCUCAUGUUGCUCCUCCGCUGCUUCGGGCUUGCGGAGCCGUCGGACCGCUCAGGUAAUGAUCCAUUCACCAUCGUCAAUGAAAACACAGGCAAAUGCAUCAAACCACUGAAUACCUGGAUAGUAGCAACAGAUUGUGAUGAAACUAAAGACAUGUUAUGGAAGUGGGUAUCCCAGCACCGGCUCUUUCAUUUGCAAUCCCAGAAGUGCCUUGGCCUAGAUAUUACCAAAUCCGUGGAUUCCUUGAGGAUGUUCAGCUGUGAUUCUGAUGCCAUGCUGUGGUGGAAAUGUGAGCAUCACUCUCUAUAUAGUGCUGCCCAGUACAGGUUGGCUCUGGAGGGUGGACAUGCCAUAGCCAGUUCAAAUACAUCUGAUGUCUGGAGGAAGGGAGGCUCCAAGGAAAGCCUUUGUGAUCAGCCAUACUAUGAGAUAUAUACCAGAGAUGGGAACUCCUAUGGAAGACCUUGUGAAUUUCCAUUCUUAAUUGAUGGGAUGUGGCAUCAUGAUUGCAUCAUUGAUGAAGAACAUAGUGAGCCAUGGUGUGCCACCACCUUAAAUUAUAAAUAUGAUCAAAAGUGGGGUAUCUGCUUAAAACCAGAAAAUGGCUGUGAAGGUAAUUGGGAAAAGAAUGAGCAGACUGGAAGUUGCUACCAAUUUAAUACUCAGGCAGCUAUUUCAUGGAAAGAAGCUUAUGUUUCCUGUCAGAACCAAGGAGCUGACUUGCUUAGCAUCAGCAGUGCAGCUGAAUUAACUUAUCUUACAGGAAAAGAAGACAUUGCUAGAAUUGUCUGGAUUGGAUUAAAUCAGCUGUACUCUGCUAGAGGCUGGGAAUGGUCAGACCACAAGCCAUUGAACUUUCUUAACUGGGAUCCAGCUAUGCCGAGUGCACCUAUGAUAGGUGGAUCAAGCUGUGCAAGAAUGGAUGCCGAGUCUGGGCUGUGGCAGAGCAUUUCGUGUGAAGCUCAACUGCCCUAUGUCUGCAAGAAACCAUUAAAUAAUACAGCAGAGUUCACAGACAUUUGGACAUAUUCAGAUACCCACUGUGAUGCAGACUGGCUGCCAAAUAACGGAUUUUGCUAUCUGUUGGCAAAUGAAAGUGGUUCCUGGAAUGAGGCACAUAUGAAAUGCAAAACCUUCAGUGGUGACCUAAUCAGCAUUCAUUCCUUAGCUGAUGUGGAGGUGGUUGUCACAAAACUCCAUAGUGGGGAUGUCAAAGAAGAGAUAUGGACAGGCCUUAGGAAUGUAGAUAAACCAACUUUGUUUCAGUGGUCAGAUGAUACUGAAGUUACUCUAACAUACUGGGAUGAGAAUGAACCAAAUGUUCCCUACAAUAAGACUCCCAACUGUGUUUCCUAUUUAGGAAAGCUAGGUCAAUGGAAAGUCCAAUCAUGUGAAGAGAAACUCAAAUAUGUAUGUAAGAAAAAGGGAGAAAAAAUGAAUGAUGCAAGGUCUGAUAAGAUGUGUCCUCCAGAUGAGGACUGGAAGAGACAUGGAGAAACCUGUUACAAGAUUUAUGAGAAUGAGGUCCCUUUUGGAAUGAACUGCAACCUGACUAUCACUAGCAGAUUUGAGCAAGAAUACCUGAAUGAUAUGAUGAAAAAGUAUGAUAAAUCUCUUAGAAAAUACUUCUGGACUGGCCUGAGAGAUGUAGAUUCCCGUGGAGAGUAUAGUUGGGCAACUGUUGGUGGAAUAAAGCAAGCUGUAACCUUUUCCAACUGGAAUUUUCUUGAGCCAGCAUCUCCAGGCGGGUGCGUGGCUAUGUCUACUGGAAAGUUUCUUGGCAGGUGGGAAGUGAAGGACUGCAGAAGUUUCAGAGCACUUUCAAUUUGCAAGAAAAUAAUUGGACCCCUGGAGCCUGAGGAAGCAUCCCCUAAGCCUGAUGACCCCUGUCCUGCAGGCUGGCAUAGUUUCCCCUCCAGUCUUUCUUGUUACAAGAUAUUCCAUAUAGAAAGAAUUGUGAGAAAGAGGAACUGGGAAGAAGCUGAAAGAUUCUGCCAAGCACUCGGAGCACACCUGCCUAGCUUCAGUCAUAUAGAUGAAAUAAAGGAAUUUCUUCACUUAUUGAAGGAACAGUUCAGUGACCAGCGUUGGCUGUGGAUAGGUUUGAAUAAAAGGAGCCCAGAUUUACAAGGGUCCUGGCAAUGGAGUGAUCGUACACCUGUGUCUACUAUUAUCAUGGAAAAUGAAUUUCAGCAGGAUUAUGACAUCAGAGACUGUGCUGCUGUCAAGGUAACUCACAGGCCAUGGCGAAGAAGCUGGCAUUUCUUUGAUGACAGGGAGGUUAUUUAUUUGAGGCCUUUUGCUUGUGAUACAAAACUUGAAUGGGUCUGCCAAAUUCCAAAAGGCAGUAUUCCAAAGAUACCAGACUGGUACAAUCCUGAGCGUGCUGGAAUUCAUGGGCCUCCAGUUAUAAUUGAAGGAAGUGAAUAUUGGUUUGUUGCUGAUCCUCACUUGAACUAUGAAGAAGCCGUCCUGUAUUGUGCUAGCAAUCACAGCUUUCUUGCUACCAUAACAUCUUUUACAGGACUAAAAGCCAUCAAAAACAAAAUAGGAAAUAUAUCUGGUGAUGAACAGAAGUGGUGGGUGAGAACUAAUGAACAGCCAAUCGAUCGUUAUUUUAUAUACUCACGACAUCCAUGGCACCACUUUCCUAUGACAUUUGGAGAGGAAUGCUUGCACAUGUCUGCCAAGACUUGGUUUAUGGACUUAAAUAAACCAACAGACUGUAAUACCAAGUUGCCAUUCAUCUGCGAAAAAUAUAAUGUAUCUUCAUUAGAAAAAUAUAGUCCAGAUUCUUCAGCUAAAGUACAAUGUUCUGGGAGUUGGAUUUCUUUUCAGAAUAAGUGCUUCCUAAAGAUCAAACCCCAGUCUGUUACAUUUUCUCAAGCUAGCAACAUCUGUCACUCCUAUGGCGGCACCCUCCCUUCAGUGUUGAGCCAGAGUGAACAAGAUUUUAUUACAUCCUUGCUUCCUGAGAUGGAAGCUAAUUUAUGGAUUGGUCUGCGUUGGACUGCUUAUCAAAGAAUAAACAAAUGGAUGGAUAACAGAGAGCUGACAUACAGCAACUUUCACCCAUUGCUGGUUGGUCGGAGGCUGAGUAUACCAACAAAUUUCUUUGACGAGGAGUCCCACUACCACUGUGCUCUGUUACUCAACCUCCAAAAGUCACCUUUUACUGGGACAUGGAAUUUUACUGCCUGCAGUGAAAGACAGUUUGUGUCUCUCUGUCAGAAAUACUCAGAAAUUGAAGCUGGACAGCCCUUGCAUAAUACUUCGGAAACUGUAAAGUAUCUAAAUAACCUGUACAAAAUAAUCCCGAAGAUGCUGACUUGGUAUGGCGCUCUACAGGAAUGUCUGAAAGAAAACAUGCAUCUGGUGAGCAUCACAGACCCUUACCAGCAGGCCUUCCUCUCUGUGCAGGCUGCUCAGCUCAACUCUUCCUUCUGGAUUGGACUCUCCAGUCAAGAUGAUGAACUCAACUUUGGCUGGUCAGAUGGAAAACGACUCCAUUUUAGUCGCUGGGCUGAAAACAACAAGCAGCUUGAAGAGUGUGUAAUGUUAGACACUGAUGGAUUCUGGAAAACAGCUGAUUGCAGUGAUAACCAAUCAGGUGCUAUUUGCUACUACCCAGGAAAUGAGACUGAAAAAGAAGUCAACCCAGUUGAGAGUGUUAAGUGUCCAUCUCCUAUUCUAAAUACUCCCUGGAUACCAUUUCAGAGCUCUUGCUACAAUUUUAUGAUAACGAAGAAUAGACAUAUGGCCACAACACAGGAUGAAGUUCAUUCUCGAUGCCAGAAACUGAAUUCAAAAUCACAUAUUCUGAGUAUUCGAGAUGAAAAGGAGAAUGACUUUGUUCUUGAGCAACUUCUGUACUUUAAUUCAAUGGCUUCUUGGGUCAUGUUAGGAAUAACUUAUGAAAAUAAUUCUCUGAUGUGGUUUGAUAAGACCACACUGUCAUACACACACUGGCGAGCAGGAAGACCAGCUGUAAAAAAUGGCAAGUUUUUGGCCGGUUUGAGUACUGAUGGCUUCUGGGAUAUUCAACCCUUUAAUGCUAUUGAAGAAACACUUUAUUUUCACCAGCACAGCAUUUUUGCUUGUAAGAUUGAAAUGGUUGACUAUAAGGAAGAAUAUAAUACUACACUGCCACAGUUCAUUCCAUAUGAAGAUGGUAUCUAUAAUGUUAUUCAGAAAAAGGUAACAUGGUAUGAAGCAUUAAGCAUAUGUUUUCAAAGUGGAGGACAUUUGGCAAGUGUUCAUAACCAAAAUGACCAGCUCUUUCUGGAAGAUAUUGUAAAACGUGACGGAUUUCCCCUAUGGGUUGGGCUCUCAAGUCAUGACGGAAGUGAAUCAAGUUUCGAAUGGUCUGAUGGCACUGCAUUUGAUUACAUCCCAUGGAAAGACCAAAAGUCUCCUGGAAAUUGUGUGGUCUUGGAUCCAAAAGGAAUCUGGAAACAUGAAAAAUGCUUCUCUGUUAAGGAUGGUGCUAUUUGUUACAAACCUACAAAAUCUAAAGCACUGUCUCCUCAUUCAUACUCAUCAAGAUGCCCAGUGGCAAAAGGGAAUGGAUCACAGUGGAUCCAGUAUGGUGAUCACUGUUACAUGUUGACGGCAUUACAUAGUUUCUCAGAGGCCAAACAAUUGUGUCUAGAACUUGAUCAUUCUGCAACUAUUGUCACCAUAGAGAAUGAAAAUGAAAAUAAGUUUGUGAGCAGAUUGAUGAGGGAAAAUAAUAAUAUUACCAUGAGAGUUUGGCUUGGAUUAUUUCAACAUUCUGCUGAUCAGUCUUGGAGUUGGUUAGAUGGAUCAGAAGUGACAUUUGUCAAAUGGGAAAAUAAAAGUAAAAGUGUUGAUGGAAAUUGUAGUGUUUUGUUAGCUUCAAAUGAAACUUGGAGAAAAGUUGAAUGUUCACAUGGCUUUGGAAGAGUCAUCUGCAAAGUUCCGCUGGGCCCUGAUUACAGAGGAAUAACUAUCACUAUCACAUUUGUGGUGCUGAGUGUCUUGGCGCUCGUCAGUGGACUGCUUUGGUUCUUUUGCCAAAGAAACCGUUUCCAUUGGGCAGGCUUCUCUUCGGUUCGGUAUGAACAGGGAGUGAAUGAAGAUGAGAUUAUGCUUCCUACUUUCCAUGACUAAAUUCUUCUGCAAGUUUGUUAAUUUGCACCAAUGUGUUAAAAAAAUGAGCCACUUAAAAAUUUCCCAGUGUCAGUAUUUAUUC